AUGCCAGAACCCGGGAAGAAGCCAGUCUCAGCCUUCAGCAAGAAGCCACGGUCUGCGGAGGUGGCCACAGGCAGCUCUGCCAAGUUCGAGGCGGAAACAGAGCGGGCAGGAGUGAAGGUGCGCUGGCAGCGGGAGGGCAGUGACAUCAGCGGCAGUGAGAAGUACAGCCUGACAUCGGAAGGCAUGCGGCACACACUGACCGUGCAUGACGUGGGCCCUGCAGAUCAGGGGACCUAUGCGGUCAUUGCUGGCUCCUCCAAGGUCAAGUUUGACCUCAAAGUCAUAGAGGCAGAGAAGGCAGAGCAACCACCAGCCCCUGCCCCAGAUCCUACCCCAGCCCCUGCUGAGGCCCCUGGAGGCCCUGGAGCCUUGGCCCCAGCCACCGAGGAGCAAGGAGGCUCCCCAGGACCUGCAGGCUCCAGCUCAGAACCCCCUGAUGGCACUGGGUCCCCUGGAGCUUCUGGUGACCCCAUUGGUCUCUUCGUGAUGCGACCACAAGACGGCGAGGUGACCAUGGGCGGCAGCAUCACCUUCUCCGCUCGGGUGGCCGGGGCCAGCCUGCUGAAGCCGCCAGUGGUCAAGUGGUUCAAAGGCAAGUGGAUGGAUCUGAGCAGCAAGGUGGGCCAGCACCUGCAGCUGCACGACAGCUAUGACCGGGCCAGCAAGAUCUACCUGUUUGAGCUACACAUCACCGAUGCCCAGGCUGCCUCUGCCGGUGGUUACCGUUGUGAAGUGUCUACCAAGGACAAGUUCGACAGCUGCAACUUUAACCUCACUGUCCACGAGGCCAUUGGGCCUGGAGACCUGGACCUCCGAUCUGCUUUCCGCCGUCCAAGCGUGGCUGGAGGUGGUCGGCGGACCAGUGAUGGCCACGAGGAUGCGGGAACUCUGGACUUCAGCUCUCUGCUAAAGAAGAGCAGCAGCUUCCGGACCCCGAGAGACUCGAAGCUGGACGCCCCAGCCGAGGAGGACGUGUGGGAGAUCCUGCGGCAGGCGCCCCCCUCCGAGUAUGAGCGCAUCGCCUUCCAGCACGGGGUCACCGACCUGAGGGGCAUGCUCAAGAGACUCAAGGCCAUGAAGCACGAUGAGAAGAAGAGCACAGUCUUUCAGAAGAAGCUGGAACCAGCCUACCAGGUGAGCAAAGGCCACAAGAUCCGGCUGGCCGUGGAACUGGCGGACCCCGACGCUGAGGUCAAAUGGCUCAAGAAUGGACAGGAGAUCCAGAUGAGUGGCAGCAAGUACAUCUUCGAGUCCAUAGGCAACAAACGAACGCUGACCAUCAGUCAGUGCUCGCUGGCCGACGACGCGGCCUACCAGUGUGUGGUGGGCGGUGAGAAGUGCAGCACGGAGCUGUUCGUCAAAGAGCCCCCCGUCCUCAUCACCCGUGCUCUGGAGGACCAGCUGGUGAUGGUGGGGCAGCGGGCAGAGUUUGAGUGUGAGGUGUCCGAGGAGGGGGCCCAGGUCAAAUGGCUGAAAGACGGGGUGGAGCUGACCCGGGAGGAGACCUUCAAGUACCGCUUCAAGAAGGACGGGCGGCGUCACCACCUGAUCAUCAACGAGGCCACGCUGGAGGACGCGGGGCACUACGCACUGCGCACCAGCGGGGGCCAGGCGUUGGCCGAGCUCAUCGUGCAGGAGAAGAAGCUGGAGGUGUACCAGAGCAUCGCAGACCUGACCGUGGGCGCAAAGGACCAGGCCGUGUUCAAGUGCGAGGUGUCAGAUGAGAACGUGCGAGGCGUGUGGCUGAAGAACGGGAAGGAGCUGGUGCCCGACAACCGCAUCAAAGUGUCCCACAUUGGGCGGGUCCACAAGCUGACCAUUGACGACGUCACGCCUGCAGACGAGGCUGACUACAGCUUCGUGCCCGAGGGCUUUGCCUGCAACCUGUCUGCCAAGCUCCACUUCAUGGAGGUCAAGAUUGACUUUGUGCCCAGGCAGGAACCCCCCAAGAUCCACCUGGACUGCCCUGGUCGCACGCCAGACACCAUCAUCGUCGUAGCUGGGAACAAGCUUCGCCUGGAUGUACCCAUCUCCGGGGACCCUGCUCCCACUGUGAUCUGGCAGAAGGUCAUCACACAGGGGAAAAAGGCCCCAGCCAAGCCCACCCUAGAUGCCACAGAGGACACAGAUGCCAGCGAAGAGUGGGUGUUUGACAAGAAGCUGCUGUGUGAGACUGAGGGCCGAGUCCGCGUGGAGACCACCAAAGACCGCAGCAUCUUCACCGUGGAGGGGGCAGAGAAGGAAGAUGAGGGUGUCUACUCCGUCACAGUGAAGAACCCCGUGGGGGAGGACCAGGUCAACCUCACUGUCAAGGUCAUCGAUGUGCCGGAUCCCCCCGCGGCCCCCAAGAUCAGCAACGUGGGGGAGGACUCCUGCACCGUGCAGUGGGAGCCACCGGCCUACGACGGGGGUCAGCCCAUCCUGGGCUACAUCCUGGAGCGAAAGAAGAAGAAGAGCUACCGGUGGAUGCGGCUGCACUUCGACCUGCUGCGGGAGCUGACGCACGAGGCGCGGCGCAUGAUCGAGGGCGUCGUGUACGAGAUGCGUGUGUACGCUGUCAACGCCAUCGGCAUGUCCAGGCCCAGCCCAGCCUCCCAGCCCUUCAUGCCCGUUGGCCCCCCCAGCGAGCCCACCCACCUGGCUGUGGAGGAUGUCUCAGACACCACUGUCUCCCUCAAGUGGCGGCCCCCGGAGCGUGUGGGGGCAGGUGGCCUGGACGGCUACAGCGUGGAGUACUGUCAGGAGGGCAGUUUCGAGUGGGUGGCUGCCCUGCAGGGGCUGACAGAGCGCACGUCCAUGCUGGUGAAGGACCUGCCCACAGGCGCCCGGCUUCUCUUCCGUGUGAGGGCUCACAACGUGGCCGGGUCGGGGCCCCCUGUUAUCACCAAGGAGCCUGUGACGGUGCAGGAGAUACUGCAGAGGCCACGACUCAGGCUGCCCAGGCACCUACGUCAGACCAUCCAGAGGAAGGUCGGGGAGCCUGUGAACCUCCUUAUUCCUUUCCAGGGCAAGCCCCGGCCUCAGGUCACCUGGACCAAAGAGGGACAACCGCUGGCAGGCGAGGAGGUGAGCAUCCGUAACAGCCCCACAGACACCAUCCUGUUCAUCCGGGCCGCCCGUCGCAUCCACUCGGGCACCUACGAGGUGUCAGUGCGCAUUGAGAACAUGGAGGACAAGGCCACGCUGGUCCUGCAGAUCAUCGACAAGCCCAGUCCACCCCAGGACAUCCGGGUCAUGGAGGCUUGGGGUUUUAAUGUGGCUCUGGAGUGGAAGCCCCCCCAGGAUGAUGGCAACACCGAGAUCUGGGGUUACACAGUGCAGAAAGCCGACAAGAAGACAAUGGAGUGGUUCACAGUCUUGGAGCACUACCGCCGCACACAAUGUGUGGUAUCUGAGCUCAUCAUCGGCAAUGGCUACUACUUCCGGGUCUUCAGCCAUAACUUGGUGGGUCCCAGUGACACAGCUGCCACCACCAAGGAGCCCAUCUUCAUCCCCAGACCAGGCAUUACAUACCAGCCACCCAGCUAUAAGGCCCUGGACUUCUCCGAGGCCCCAAGCUUCACCCGACCCCUCGUCAACCGGUCAGUCAUCGCGGGCUACAAUGCUGUCCUCUGUUGUGCUGUCCGGGGCAGCCCCAAGCCCAAGAUUUCCUGGUUCAAGAACGGUCUGGACCUGGGUGAGGACGCCCGCUUCCGCAUGUUCUGCAAGCAGGGCGUGCUGACCCUGGAGAUCCGCAAACCCUGCCCCUUUGACGGGGGUGUCUAUGUCUGCCGAGCCACCAACUUGCAAGGCGAAGCUCAGUGUGAGUGCCGCCUGGAGGUGCGAGGUGAGCAGGGCCCAAGCCCUGGAGGGGAGCUGGGUGCCCCCAGACUCUGCCCUGCUGUCCCAACCUGCUCUGAGCAUGGCCCUGGGAGGACCCACUGGGUCCUGGAUUCUGGGCUCACCACUGAGGUGCCCCCUUAG